CCUCCCAAACUUUCCCUACCUUCAUCUGAAAGUCAUGAGCAGACUCAGUGUGACCGGACGAGCAGAAGCCAGAAGGGCUGUGUGGAGCAGUGAGGAGGGAACCAGCCUGAACUCCAGCUGCAUGAAUCAUUCACUGAGCGGCUGAGAGCCAGGUGUUGAUUUGAAGCUGUGUGUGCUGAAAGGUCCCAGUCCUGAAAAAUGACUCAGUCGGUGCAAGUUAACCCGAAGCUGCCUGAUCUGCGCUCUCCAUUCAUCUACACCAAUCAGGAGGACGCUGACCAGCCAGGUUCCUACUCCGUUCAGACUCCAUAUGGUUUCCAGCUGGAUCUGGAUUUCCUCAAAUAUGUAGAAGAAAUAGAGAGUGGGCACAAUCUCCGCCGGGGACCUAUCAGCUCCCGCCGCCUGGGCAGAGGGGUCAAACUCUCCCAGAGGAGCACGAGUGUGGGGGGGCGCACCAGUGGCUGGACCUCCACAGAGUCUCUAGCCUCCCCAGCCAGUGAAGAUGGCAGAGUUCCUCCACCGCCACCACCACGCAACCGCCUCGGGUCAGCACCCUGUGAGGGACUCUCUCUUUCCCCAGUGACCCUCCUCACAGUCCCUCCACUGUCUGCUGGAGCCAAAGUGCCCCCCCCUCCACCGCAGCGAAACCCUAGAGUUGAGCGGACUCUCCUUGAAACCAGCCGGCGGCUACAGCAGGAACAAACCCACCAGCAUCAGAAUGGCGGCCGAUUCCAGCUUGCAGAUCCUCCCAAGCAGCUCUUACCCUCCUUAUCCACCCAGCCUCUGCAGAGUAACUGGGUUAAACCCAGUCCUCAGACCUCAGGGCGCAGUACCCCUGCUACUGGCACCGCAAUGACUCCCAUCCCUCCCAGCCAGCUGCAGACAGUUAGAGAGCAGAUGGCUACGGCCUUGAAGCAGCUAAAGGAGAUGGAGGAGAGGGUAAAGGGAGUUCCUGCACUUGAGAGAGAGGUAGCCAAGCUUCGUGCAGAGAAAGACAUGCUCCUGUUAGACCUGGAAGACAAGAAAGUGGCCAUGGAGGUGGCUCAGCAGAAGCAACAGUCCAAAGAGUCUUCUACCCAAACAACAGAUACCCUUCAAAGCCAAAGUGACCCCCAUAUGCAAGGUAAACAAACUGCACCAACCUCACCGGGUCACACAGGGCUUGGAAAACCUGGUGAGCUGAAAAGGUUGACGGAGAAGUUUGCAGGGAAGGAAGCGAAAAAUCCAGAACCCUCAACAAAUGUUUCAGUAAAAGUUCCACAGAAAGUUGCAGCUGUUGAGAAGAGAUCAGUGGCUGCUGGGGACGACUUGCCAAUGGACUCUGUUGUUUUCUACCACUGCCAGGGUGUGAAAGAUGCCUGCGUAGACACCAAGGUGAAUGUCUGUGAGAAAUGUACAGAAACAGAAGCCCCUCUGGUUCACGAGGAGGGGGUACAGGCCAGCGUAGAGACUGCAGAGGCUGAGGUUUGGGUCAUGGAGUCUCUACUUGGAGUGACCAGCGAGGCGCAGCGGGAGAUUGACACCUUACAAGACACCAUUAAAUUUCAGCAGGAGACCAUUGCGACUCUGGAGGAACAGUUGAGUGUGGUUGACAACGACCUAGGGAUGCUUAGAGCCAAGAUGGAAGAGAAAACCACUAAAGUCACGUUUGAGAAAGGGGUUCUUGCAAAACCAGACACGAUGCAUGUCCAGACAGAGACAGUGACUUCUGAGUUUAAACAUGUUGCAGUUCUAUGCCGUCCAGAGGUGAUUGAUGCAUGUGUAGGGGAGAUUCUGACACCAGAUCAGACAGAACAGGACACCCAGACGGAUGCUCUACAGGAACCAGCAGAGCCAGCUCCUGUUGCACUGGUCAGCACUGGGUGUCAAUGGGAGAACUUGUUUGAGGAAAAGACUGUGGAGCCAAAAGUUACAGCACCAAAGAGGAGACAGUUGACCAUCGCUGAGUACAAGGUGUGUCCAGAGGAAGAGGUUGUCUGCACAGCCGAGAAGGAAGAGGACGAACAAGGACAGAAAACUGAGGCUGGCGACACCAAGACAGGUUUGCUGAAAUCAAUCAUGAAACGGAAGGAUGGGAGUAACUCGGGUGAAACUCGCACAACUGGCAAGAAGAGCCUGCAGUUUGUUGGUAUUCUAAAUGGAGGGUAUGAGUCAACAUCCAGUGAAGAGGAAGAGGGGGAGGAAGAAGAGGACGAGGAGGACGAUGGAAGUUCUUCUGGAGAAAGUGGGGAAGGGGAGUGCUUGGACAGCACAGAGGAGGACGAGGCUGCUCUUGAGGAAGAAACAUCCGAGGAGGAGAGGAAUGUCAACCUGGACGAGAGCGACACCGAUGAGGAAACUCUGAAAGCUGGAAGUUAUUCAUCUGAUGCUGUGAAAGAGAAGUUUGAGCUGAGCUCAAAAAUGCGUGAAGCUUGCCUCAUUUUAAAGAAUCACCUGAACGAUGACAUUAAAACACUGAAGAGUAAGGAAGUGCUCUCCAGCACCCACACUGUGCAGCUCGAGUGGUUCCGCGUCUCUAGUGCCAAGAUGGCUCAGCACCCGCGGGUCUCCGACUACCUGAUGGCGCUCACUGAAGUGUCGUCGGCUCUGCUGCAACACGUCGUCAACAUGACCGACGGCAACGGCAACACGGCUCUUCACUACAGUGUGUCCCACUCCAACUUCGGUGUGGUCGGGCUGCUGCUGGACACAGGUGUGUGCUGUGUGGAUAAGCAGAACAAGGCCGGUUACACGGCCAUCAUGCUGGCUGCUCUCUCUACUGUGAAGGAAGAGGACGAUAUGGCUGUGGUCAAGAAGCUCUUCAGUCAGGGCAACGUCAACGCCAAGGCCAGCCAGGCGGGCCAGACAGCAUUGAUGCUAGCCGUUAGCCAUGGGCGUCAGGAGAUGGUGCGGGCGCUGCUGGAGUGCGGAGCCGACGUCAACGUGCAGGACGACGAGGGCUCCACGGCCCUGAUGUGUGCCAGCGAACAUGGCCGAGCCGAGAUCGUCAAACUGCUCCUGGAAACGCCUGGCUGUGACAUAUCCAUCGUGGAUAAUGAUGGCAGCAACGCUCUGUCCAUCGCACUUGAGGCGUCACACAAUGACACAGCCGUGCUGCUCUACGCCCAUAUGAACUAUGCCAAGACCCAGCCUGCUGUGGGGAGUCCAAAGGCCCAACAACGCAGCCCCACCACUCCUCAGAAGCCCUGGCCUGCGUACUGACCUGAUCACAGCCUCUCGCUGAGGCCGACGCAAGAGCAAACAAAACUGGAUAUGAGCUGAGAAAAGCUCCACUGGAAUUUACCUAAAUAUAUAUGUAUUUAUAUUUUUGCCAUAUGCCCUGCAUUUAUAAGUAUUGUUGAUAUGAGAAAACUAUUUUUCCAUAAACGUUGUGAAUGGUUAUAUUAUAUACUUGACUAAUAUGAGCUCCUAGCAUGUCUAAAUGACGUCUCCAGCGCUUGUUUUUUCUGUGACAGGAGCUGAGGCCUUUUGUUUAUUAUUUGCACUUCACAAGUGUUUUACUGUUGAGGGCAACUCACACAGUGAUGGCAAGAAAAAACAGCAACUGUCCUUUUCCAAGCAAGCCCACACACUGACACAAUAUGCAUCACAAUACGUCACCAUCUCAUAGUGAAGCCCAGUGUUGAUGCUUCAGAAAAUGUGCGUAGUGACUUCCUGAAUUGGUUUCUUUAACAUAACACAUUUUAUACUUAACAACAUAUAUGCUGUGUCUACACUCUCUGCCCUGCCUUGGAUGACUGAUAUGUGAACCUGUUCUCCUUCAUAGUCUGCACUAAUUGUUCAUGUAUUGUAUGUUCAUAUAAAUGCAGUAUAUAUUAAAUAAACAUACGUAUUUACAUAAAAGA